UCCACGGAGCUUCAUUUCUCCGGAGCCAGCGCUGAGACAGGUCGCUGCUCCGGCUGUUCCCGCAGCACUCGGGGAGAUCUUAUUUAUUGGUACCUAUUUAUUAUUAUUUCGGAGUGCUCUAAAGGAAGAUCAGUUCCUCUUUAAAUAUAUAUAAUUUCCUUUUUCUCUGGUUAUUUUUUAAACUAUUUUUUGUUGCUGUUUUCUGAAAAGCAGAACAAGAAUACAUUAUUUUUUCUAAAGCACUGAGAUUGCACGCAUUUUCUUGGCCAAAGUUGCUGAAGUCUUUGUCGGACAGCUUGUCUUCUGCUUGGCUUUUCCUGUGUCUGAAACAACCUGCCGAAGGGGUUUGCUGGGACUCGCCACCCUUCUCUCACCGUGAACCCCAACUGAGGCUGAACUCACUGCUUCGGGGAAGCAAAGAAGGCAAGAAGAGAAGAAAUAAUUUCUCACCUUCUUGAAGACUUAAUGCUUUUCCCUUGGUCCGGGAGUGACAUGAUCCUCUGUGUUCAGGGACCUCAUCCUUUGCUGGCGGAGGAAAAGAUCAGGAGACUGUCACUCAGGGGCAUUGAGGAAUUGUCAGAGCCCAUCAUGCAGCCUCUCCCAGUUAUGGCCUUCCAGGAGGAGUCUGCACCUGCCCUUGCAGCUCCAGUUCCAGACAGCAACCCACCUCAGACACGGGACCCUGAAGAAGACCUUCUCUGCAUUGCAAAAACCUUCUCCUACCUGCGAGAAUCUGGCUGGUAUUGGGGUUCCAUCACUGCCAGUGAGGCCAAGCAGCAUCUGCAAAAGAUGCCUGAGGGCACCUUCCUGGUGCGGGACAGCACCCACCCCAGCUACCUGUUCACCCUGUCCGUCAAGACCAACCGAGGGCCCACCAACGUGCGCAUCGAGUACACCGACAGCAAGUUCCGCCUGGACUCCAACUACCUGUCCAAACCUCGCAUCCUGGCCUUCCCAGAUGUGGUCAGCCUUAUCCAGCACUACGUCUUGUCCUGCACAACAGAAAGCAAGACCGAGGCUCCUUACCCGCCUCCGUCUCCUCUACCUCCCCUGCAGAAAGAGCUGGCAGCAGCUGCAGUACACUUGAAGCUCAUCCGGCCGCUGGGCCGCAAGGACAGCAUUCCCAGCCUGCAGCACCUGUGCCGGCUGCGCAUCAACAAGUGCACGGCCAGCGUGGAGCAGCUGCCCCUGCCCCGGCGGAUGGGGGAAUACCUGAAGCAAUAUCCCUUCCAGCUCUGAAGCUGCUGCUGUUCCCUUCUCUCUUGCACCAAGGAGAGACACAACCACGAACUUUGUAUCUCCGUCCCGCUAAAGGCGGGCACAGCAAAGACCUGAUGAUCAGCAGGGACUGCAUCCAUCUUUCCUCUCCCCUUCUCUUCACCUCCAUUCCAGCCCCAGGGAGGAGUGGGUUGUUUCAGUGAGCAGCGGGGCACCAGCUGAGCUCUGACCCUCGGGCCGUGCCGGCAGUGGCUGGGAGAAGCUCUGUGGGCAUGGCCACACUACUUGAAUGUCAGAGUUGCUGUGACAUCGGACAUGUUAACGUUGUUAUUUUUGCUAUUUAUUUCCAUGGCAGUUUCUCUCCUCAUGGUAUUUUUAAAGCACCUUUUACUUUAUUGUUUUUUUGUUUCUUUUGUGGAAUUAGAGAUAGCAUAAAGGCUUCCAGCCAACUGGCAGCUGAAUCUCUGUGGGAAUUUGGAUUUGGAUUCACAUCCAAACAGCUUCUGUUUGAGCCUGUCCCUUUGACAGCUUACAGAAGUCCACAUCCAAGCUCUCCUAGGCUUCUGGGGUAUGUGAGACUCAGAUGACUGUAUCCAGACCCACCUCUACAGAGGUAAAGACUAUUUGUUUUUUCUUCCUUAGCUACAGAGGGUAUCACAACCUCAGAGCACAGUGGGAGCUUCCAGAGAUUUGCUGCAUCACACGUGGACAGGAGACUUCUUUGAGGAAGCCCUUCUUUCUUGAGAGCUCUAAGCGGAGAUCUGGAUAGGGAGGUUGGGCCAGGGAGCACUCAUCCCAUUUUUUUCCAUCUUCUCCAUUUCCAAAGGAAGUUUGUGACAAAACAUUUCAAAACAAGUAAUUAGGAACCAAAUGUUGUCAUAUGCAGGCAGAAGGAUUUAAUUUCAGAGCACCCUGUGUUUGGCUUGUGUUUUUAAAGUGCUGUUCCCUGACCUUGCCCUUGCCUGAGACACAGGACAAGAUCAGGGUCUCCUUGAGCAGGGCCUCAGAGACAGCUUUGCUGGGCUGCACCAGCCACACGCACAGCUUCAGGAUCUUUAUUUAUUUAUUUCUGGGGUAACACUUAGAGGCACCUCAGCCCACAGAGCUGUCCUUGCUCCCACGAUGCCAGACUGCUGCAUGCUCUGCUCCUGCCAGCAUUAGCUGCUGGCCACGCAGCUUCUGCCAGCUCCAGGCUGAAGCACACACUGGAAACCACAAUCCAAUGUUUCUGUUUGCCAGGGUCCAGACCUCUCCUCCCCCCUGCUCUGACUUGCAUGUUUUUUGUUCAUAAUUAGGCUUUUGGCUCUGGGUUUCCUUCUCACACCCCAUCCCUUUCACCCCCUGCAGAUGAGGCACAAUGGCUUUUCCCCUGCUCUUUUACACACAGGAGGGACAGACAGCAGAUGGGAUCUGCCCCAAACCAGCACAGACAAGUUGCCCCUUCCUGUUCAUUUGCUGAAUCUCAUCAUCAUCUUCCCAGCCUUGCCAUCAAGUGAGAGUAGAGAGGGAACAGACAGGUCUACAGAAAUUACCAUGUGGCUUAUUUUGCCCCUAAGAGCCCCUGACUUGUUCUAGCAUGAACAAACAUGAAGGAUUCCUUGUUCAUCCCUCCCUGGGACUCUCUCUAAGGCUCUGUAAAUCAGAAUGGACAAACCUCCAGCUAUAGCUGAGUGUUGGAAGAGAAGAUGGAAAAAGAUGGGAUGGUGACCCAGGAGACAAGCUCAAAAAAUGGGUGAGUUUCUUCCACCCUAUUUUAAAGCUGCCAAAAGGGACAAGAUGGCCUGAUGUGCUUAGUCAGUGUCCUUUUUUUUUUCUCUCCACAUUUAUACAAGUUUGUGCUGUUGCAAGCUUUGUUUUUGAUACUUUGAUGAUUGACAGUGUGCAUGUGUGAUGUCAAGUUUGCUUUUUGGUAUAUCCUUCCCCCUUCCCCUCUAUGGCAGCAACCAUGGAAAGGUAUUGAAUGAGAAUGAGAAUUUAGAACGCAAAAAAGAAAAAUUUAAAAAAAUAAUAUACAUGAUAAACCACUGAAAAGGCUUCCUUUUUUCCAAACACCUGUAUCUGCCUGAGGACACUGGGAACAAGGAAACCACGGCUCUCCAAGGAGCAGCAGUGAUCUCAGGAAGCCCACACAGCUCAGCCCCAGGCCUGGUAACUACAGCUUGGGAAAAAUCAGUUGGAGAAGUGUACAGCAUGAAAGGGCAGGUUGUUCAGCUCUCUGAAACUUGCCUUUUACUUCAUCUGUUCUAUGUUUGGGGUAUGGGAAGGUCAAGCUGUGGGGUUUGACUCACUGCCCCAAGAGAGCCCAGGAGCUCCUGGCUGACCCCAAACUGAAGGCUGUGAGCUCCCACGGGCAGGGACCAGCUCUGUUCUGUGUUUGUUCUGCAUUUAGCACAGUAGGGAUCUCUAGGUGCUACUGCAAUACAACAAAUAAACAAUACAGUUACUCCAAAAAGUCAGUUUCUUCUAUCUUGAGACAGUUUGUUAAAAAUCAUUUGACUCUGGAUUUUAAAUAAACAUUUUAAAUAUACUUUAAAGCCA